CCCACUUAAUCCCGUGUUUGGUUUGAUGUAUUGCCUAUUACAGGCCUAUUACAACACGGAUGUAUUCCUCAUUUUCUCUGCUUCAACAACGAUUAGCCAUUCCAUUUCAAAAGUAAGGAUUAGCUAAUCGUUUCAGUUUUACCCUCCCUAGCCAAAAUCUGCUGCUCCACCCCACCCUCUCCCUCCCAACAUCAACAGCAGUUUUCUUCGAACCAAAUCUCCACCGUCUUGCGUUUGGGAAGCGAGAAAGUGUGAGAAAAAUGAGCGGACCGGGGAAGAAAGUCGUCGAUGUCGCGUUCAAAGCAUCAAAGAACAUUGAUUGGGAAGGGAUGGCUAAGCUUUUGGUCUCCGAUGAGGCUCGCAAAGAGUUCGUUACUCUUCGUCGCACUUUUGAUGAAGUUAACUCUACUUUACAAACCAAAUUCAGCCAGGAACCUGAACCCAUUGACUGGGAGUACUAUAGAAAAGGAAUUGGCUCUCGCCUGGUAGAUAUGUACAAAGAGGCAUAUGAGAGUAAGUUAAUUUGA